AUGAAGAUGCAUGAAGAGAACGACGUCCACGUCAGUAAAAGCAAAAAUAUCCCUUCUUUGGACAAACAUUUCCUGCAUUUUCCAUCCACGUCUGAUUCCAAUAAUACCAUAGGGUCACUUGAGGACUUGAAAGUUGGUCGAUUUUAUAAAAUUGAUCAUUCUAACCUUCCGUGGAAUUGCCCAGUCAAAAUACAAUAUGUUAGCAUUGUUAUGGUCAGUGACAAAAGAGACCAACAAGUAUAUCUAAGGUAUCCAAGCCUCCACUCUCUUCACACACACUUCAACGACCAAAGCUUUGGAAUACCAGACGAGAAGAAAAUCCCAACACUUGACGAGAAGCACGUAAUGGGAGUCGAACUCGCCAUCAAAAUGCUUUGCAGGAGCAUCACAGCUGAAGAAUUUGCCCAAAAAAGAAACUCAUGGAACUUCUGGGCCUCUACGACUAUAGAAAACAUUCAAAACCAUAACAGUCCAGUUAUCAGUGAUUCUGCUACGAGUUUAGUUUCCAAGCAGGGCUCAUGUUGGUCUCAGCUCAAGUUCAGUGGUACAAUGCAGUGGGGCCAACGCAGGCAAGUUCGGUUCUUGGGCCGUCAUGAAGAGAAAAAGGUUGAAUCUUUACACGAACUUCCUAAGGAAAAAGGGGUUACUUUUGAAAAAACCAGAAAAGGGACUAAUGAGAAGAAGAGAAAACAGGUUGAAGAAGAAAUGGAGGCUAUCAAGGUAGUGUCCUUUGAAGUAUCGAGGUUGCCUCGUCAAUGUAAGAAAAAUCACCAAGGUGCGAGUAGUAGCAGCGGAGCUAAAACGUCUAAGAGAGCAGUAAAAGACACCGUGAAGCAGCAAGUUGUGGUUUGUGGCAAAAAGAAGCAAAAAAUAUCAAUUGAUAGAUGGUGUGCUGAGAGGUAUAAGUUGGCAGAGUUGAAUAUGUUGAAGGUUAUGAAGGAAAAAGAAGCUGUGUAUGGAAAUCCAAUAUUGAGGCCAGACUUGAGAUCAGAAGCACGAAAGUAUAUUGGUGACACAGGUUUACUAGAUCAUUUGCUGAAGCACAUGGCUGGAAAAGUGGCACCAGAAGGAGAUGAAAGAUUCCGACGGCGACACAAUGCAGAAGGAGCAAUGGAAUACUGGUUAGAGAGUGCUGAUCUUGCUGAUAUUAGAAAGGAAAUGGGUGUCCAAGACCCUUACUGGACUCCUCCCCCUGGAUGGAAGCGUGGAGACAGCAUUUCACAAAAUCAUGUUUCUAGUAAAGAACUUAGAGAGAUAAUGGAAGAAAUAGUCAAAUUGAAACAAAAUAUGCAGGAGCUCGCAUCAAAAAAAGAAGAGGAAACAUUGGCCAUUGUAACCACUCCUAAUUCUGAUUUGUCGAGUUUGAAUUUUGAGGACUAUGGCUCCCAGGUUUCUAAGCAGGAAUUUUAUGCGGAGCUGGUUUAUAAAAAGGCUAAAAUAGAAGAACAACUUAAAGAAAUUUCUCUGGCUUUGGGUGGCAUGGAGGAGCAACUGGGAAUGUUGAAACCAACAGUAGUAGAAGAGCAAAUAAUGUCAGAAUCAUUAACACCACUAGCAUUAUUGUCAGGACCAACAAUAUCAUUGACAGAAAACAUUGGAGAAGAGACAACAGAGGUGAAGAAAGGUAAUAACGACAAAGAAACCAAAUCAGCAAAGAUAGACAGGUUGAAAAGUAGUUUUCAAAUUUGCAAACCGAAAGGGACCUUUAAAUGGCCAAAUAUGAGUUUGUCUCCCCAUGUUGUAGCCAACCUUGAUGAACACACUGUGGUCCCAACCCCAACCUCAGCUUCCUCUUUUACCACCUCAGUUCCCAAGCUUGUCUCCAAAUCCCACACUCUGCCACUAUUCAUACCUAGCCCUUCUUUUCCAGUUAAGCCACUAGCAGAGAGGCGUCCUAUGAGCACUGCUACGUUGGCAAAUGUCACUGGACCCUUUUCCCCUCAUCAUUCUCCUCCAUUGAAAUCCCCAAAAUCCACAUUCACUACCACUAGCACUAACAAUGCCUCUUCUAUUAACCUCAAUGAGUCUCCUCUAGCCCAAGGGUAAUACUAGCAAAGUCCUUCUACAUAUAUAUACUUAUAUAUAUAUAUAUUUGAAAUAUAUAUUUGAAAGAAACCACACCAUUGAGACUCUUGUUAGUAGAUUGAGCCAACUUACAAUAUAUACAGUAAAAUUAAUGUGGUAAUUUUGUUUGAAAUAUUGGUAUUUCAUGAUUGAAGUUAGAUAUUACAAUUAUGUGCAAUUGAAAUUGCAAUCGAACACUAUUAUUAAACAAGCCAAAUACUGAAAUAUUUUGCAUAAUCUCAAGUUUAUGUUAUUAUCUUAUAGAUGAUUUGUUAGUUUCUAAAACUCAUUUUUUGCUUCUGAAGUUUCUGUUUUCAGUAUAUCAAUAGUGCCUAUAUAAGUUACCCUUUUUUGGGGACAUUUGGAGAGCUAAUUACUUGUGAAAAGUUAAAAGAUUAUCCAAUUAAGGUAUUCAUCACUUUUAUAGUAACAGUAAUAUGUAAUGAUUGGGAUAAAUUAUGCUAGAACUUUUAAAUAAAAUAUACAUAUAUAUAUAUUUGCUGCUGUCUUGGAAACAAGGGGCACACCAUUUAUUCCUUACACUUUCAGAAGAGCUUGAUGUGCCCAUCAUAUACUCAUAAGAUUAUUUAAGUUCCUAUGUUUCACAAUUUGGCGAAUUAAAGCUCCUCUCUCUCGGAUGGUUUCUGAACUUCCCUAAGCUCAACUGAGUUUUCAAA